CGAGUCUUCCGAGUGGGGAAUCCUCUGGUUAUCGCUGCCAUCCUGGCCUUGGCGGUGCCAAUUUCGAGACCCUCGGGAGGAGGACUCUCGCGGCUACUGAUUUCUCUCUGGGAGCGGCGUUCUGUGCGGGGAGCCGUGUUGGAGUACCCCGCUUGGCGCCCCGGUGCUCUCAGGCCUCAGCGGGGCGCGAUGGUUGGGAAGGGGGUUGGCCGGGCGUACAGGCAGGCUGUGGUGGUUCCCGACUCCGGAGGCCCAGUGUUUUCGCGCUGAGUGGUGGCUGCUAACGCAGCGCAUUUGUGGCCGCAUCGAGAGAAAUUUGGGGGGCGGGGGAUAAAGUCAAGUAGGGUCGAGGCUUUUAUUCAGUGGUUGAACGUUAAAUGUUUCGAGUUCAGCGGCGCUUAAAGCGGGUAAUUGAAAGUGUGGAAAAAAGACUGGAUUACGUGUGAAGUUGCGUGAGUAAAGGAGGUUUCUGUAGGGGGAGCCUGUAGAGGGUUGUAGUGGGUCGAGUUAGCUCGUCUGAAGGAUCCAGGCUUGGAUUGAAACAGGCUGUGUUUUCUUCCAGAGGGUAAAAGGAAUGAUGUCCUUGUCACUAGUCUAGUGUCAGCACUGCUGUAGUCACUGGUAGUUCCACACGGGAAGAAACAGUGGAUAGAAGGAUGGCUGCAAUGAUGGCAUUUCUUAGGACACCUUUGGAUUAAUCAUGAAAACAGCUACUCUCUGAGCAGCUGCGGGCAGCGUUUAGUACAUAAACCGUGUAAGUUACUGUAAAUAUGUUGACAGAAUUAUACUUGCUCGUUUCCAGGUGACCUCUAAAAAUGGUUCGCUAUUCACUUGACCCAGAAAAUCCCACAAAAUCAUGCAAGUCGAGAGGUUCAAAUCUUCGUGUUCACUUUAAGAACACUCGUGAAACAGCCCAGGCCAUUAAGGGUAUGCAUAUCCGAAAAGCCACUAAGUAUCUGAAGGAUGUCACUUUAAAGAAGCAGUGUGUGCCAUUCCGUCGCUACAAUGGUGGAGUUGGUAGGUGUGCCCAGGGCUUAGAUGUAGAUUCUCUGGUCAUUGAGCACAUCCAGGUGAACAAAGCCCCCAAGAUGCGGCGCAGGACUUACAGAGCUCAUGGUCGGAUCAACCCAUACAUGAGCUCUCCGUGCCACAUUGAGAUGAUCCUUACUGAAAAAGAACAGAUUGUUCCUAAACCAGAAGAGGAGGUUGCCCAGAAGAAAAAGAUAUCCCAGAAGAAAUUGAAGAAACAAAAACUUAUGGCCCGGGAAUAAAUGCUGCAAAAAAUAAAUGCAAAUGAAAGUAAAAGCA